AACAUUCAGGAAAAAGAUAAAAAAUACAAAUUUUUCUACAGUCAUUUUGCACAAUGCUUUAAUAUAAAUUUUUAUAUUUUUAUACAAUAUUUUGACUUAAACAUGGGAAUUUUAAUAUUAGAGGAACAACCUCUCAUAAUUCAAGCUAUUUUUGCUGGUUUUAUAGAGAAUGUGAAGGAUCUUGUUCAAUAUAAACAAGAAGUUAACUGUUUAGAUGAAGAAAAACGUACACCUCUUCAUGCUGCUGCUUACAAAGGAGAAGCAGAAGUUACUGCACUAUUAUUAAAGAAUGGGGCCAGGGUGAAUGCCAAAGAUAGCAAAUGGGUUACCCCUUUACACAGAGCUUGUUCCGUAGGAGCAGAUAAAGUAGUUGAACUGCUUCUUAGUUACCAAGCAGAUGUAUGCGCUAGAGACAGACUGUGGCAGACACCACUGCAUGUAGCAGCUGCUAGUUCUGCUUAUAGUUGUGUAGAACAAAUUUUGUACCAUCUACCAAAUCCAAAUAUACGGGAUAGAUCAGGCAGGUCUGCGUUACACUAUGCAGCCUAUAAUGGGCACACUUCAAUUGCUGAACUGCUUAUUUCUAGAGGGUGUAUGGUGAAUGCCUGUGAUAAACGAGACUGUAGACCAUUGCAUUGUGCUGUUCAAACAGGACACACUGACACAGUAGAAUUGUUGAUUAGAUAUGGAGCAGAUAUAAAUACAAAAGAUAGAAACCUCUACACCCCUCUACACGUUGUAGCUGCUAGUGGUAUAGAUAGUGUGUCUAAACUAAUUCUUCAAGCUGGUGGCGAUGUAAAUGCUCAAAAUGUCUAUGGUAACACUCCACUACACAUCGCAUGUUUGAACGGGCAUUUGAAUGUCUGUCAAGACCUUGUUGCGUUCGGUGCUAACAUUGAAGCUACUAACUUUCGAGGACAAACACCUUUACACAUUGCUGCUGCCAGUGCACAUGGAAUGGAUUGUUUGACAUUCUUAUUGAGACACAAUGUCGAGUUGGACUGUCAGAGUUUGGAUGGAAGAACAGCUCUUCACAUGACUGCUAUCCAUGGAAGGUUUACAAGGAGUAAGACACUUAUAGAUAAAGGUGCUCAGAUAGAUUUUGCUGAUAAAAAUGGAUGUACACCUCUUCACAUCGCAGCCCAAUACGGUCACGAUAUUCUAGCAAAUACCCUUUUGACAUUUGGCGCUAAUCCAUCGAAAAAGGGUUUUGAGGGACGGACACCACUUCACAUGUGUUGCUUAUCGGGGUAUGUGGAAUGCGGUAGAAAAUUUGUGCAAUGCGGCGUCGAUCUCAACGAUAAAGAUGAUACAGGAAAAACUCCAACACAUUGUGCUGCAUAUAAAGGAUCUUACGAGUGCCUAGAUUUACUGGUCAGCAAUGGAGCUGAUUUCAAGCUGACAGAUAGCUUUCUUCGUCUUCCAAUCCACUAUGCAGCCUCUCAGGGGCAUUACCAAUGCGUUUUUACUUUGGUUGGGAUCGGUAGUCCAGUGAAUGAUGUCGAUAUUGAAGGGUGUACCCCUCUUCAUCUAGCCGCCGCGUAUGAUCAUGACAGUAAAUGCGUCGAUUAUCUUCUCGAUCACAAAGCUGAUCGGAAUAUGAAGGAUAAUCGAGGUUUUACUCCGUUACAUUAUGCCAUUGCAGGUGGGAAUGUAAAUGGCGUUAAAAGAUUACUUAGAACCGAUACAAGCGAUCAAAAGAAACAAGACUGCGAUGAAAUUAAAAGAAUGAUGGAUAAGUGUUCGGUGGACAUUACACCUCUACAUUUAGUGGCCAAACUCGGAAACUUAGAAAUCCUGAAAAUGAUAAUGCCUUAUUUUGUCGACGUUAACAUUAGAACAAAUCAAGGGAUAACUCCAUUGCUGCUGGCGGCACGAGAAGGCCAUGUGCAGUGCGUACAAUUUUUACUCCAUUUCGGUGCCAAAGUUGCUUUAGCUGAUUAUAUAAACAACAUGACGCCUGUCCAUUACAGUGCCAAAAACGGACACUCUCAGUGUUUGAGUCUAUUGCUGCACAACAGCGAAGAUCAGAAUGUUGUUAAUAUGCUGGACAGGCAACAUCGGACGGCCUUGAUGUUAGCUGUCUCUGGGAACAACCUAAAAUGUGUCCAUACCUUGUUGAAAUGUGGAGCAGAUCCUAAUAUUGUGGAUACCGACGAUCAUUCAUGUCUUUUUAGAGCAGUUGUUAGCGGACAAGACGGUGUUGUACAACUUCUUCUUUCUAGUAACGCGAAAGUUGAAACUACUGAUAUUAAUGGCAAAACGGUGCUGCAUCUAGCUGCUGCUUGUGGACACUUGAACUGUAUGCAUAUGAUUCUAGCCUACAUGACCGAAGAGCAAAUAAUUGCAAAGGAUAAACAGCAGUGUACAGCUUUACAUUGGGCUUGUUAUAAUGGAUAUGCAAAUUGUGUAGAAUCUCUGCUCGACAAAAAAGUGUUUAAAGAAUUGGAGGAAAAUUCAUUUUCACCUAUUCACUGUGCCACAUUUUCAGGGUCAGACAAGUGCCUAGAAUUAUUAGUCAAUUACUUUGGAAAAGAAAUAGUUAAUUUGUCAGAUUGUCGAAAGAGAACUCCGCUACAUAUUGCUGCUCUGAAUGGCCAUACAGAAUGUGCGAAAUAUUUAAUAGAACAGGGUGCUGACAUUCAAGUAUUCGAUGAGGAGGGACGGACGCCAUUUAUAGCCGCUGCGCAGUACGGACAGACUCAGAUUGUUGAACAAUUAUUAAGUUGUAAAGUUGAUCGUACUACUUGUGAUAAACUUGGCAAUACUGCUUUACAUUGGGCGUGCCUUAAAAAGCACAACCAAACUGCCUUAUUAAUUUUAGAAGGAUCUCCAGGAGAUGAAAUUAUCAAUGUAGCCAAUAAUGACAAGAAAACCCCACUACAUAUUUCUGCAAGAAACGGCUUAGUAGAUGUAACUAGGGAAUUACUGAAAAAAGGAGCCUCGAUUAUAUCUGUGGACAAUGAGGGAUUAACACCUGCUUUGUGUUGCGCUCCAAAUAACAGUGUUGCACAAUGUUUAGCAUUGAUUUUGCAAUCACCGUUCCCCAAAAAUUCAAAAUCAGGAGAGGAUUAUUUGAAUGAAUUCCUACGUUUACAAGUUACUCCCCAAAACAAAGAAACUGAAACGUAUCAGCCGUACAUUCCCAAAAUUUCCAAAGUGAACCAUAAAUAUACACCAGACAAUCAUAGAAAAGUACCAUUUAUAAUAUUAGACGACAAUGCAAAUUCUAAUUAUUUUCUAACGGAAACCCCAGAGUCAAAAAUUGAUCUUGAGACUGAUCCGGAACCAUUAGGUACCACGUUACACAAAUCUAAGAGUUGCCUUUCCCUAACCGAUUUAAGAAACUCUAAAGAUUCAUUAAUCUCGGUAAGUAACUGUAGAGAAUGUUUUAAAUUGCAACAUAAAUGCCAUCAAUGUAACUUAAAGUUUUUAUUGAAAAGACACCUGACAGGAAAAACGUCUAAAGCCGAUUUCAAAAGAUUCCUAACAAAAUGUCUUACCGAAUCAACACCUGAAUAUAAACUACUUCUUAAAAAUUCUGUAGAGACUGUUGUAAGAGAUCUAGGUUUGAAGUCAAGACUUUCGAAAAUUAAAAAAGGUAAAACUUUUGAAUCUAAUAACAUUUUUGUUAGUAGUUCUGUGAACGCGGUAAAGAAAAAAGUCAAAAUCAGUAUAACAAAGGAAUCAGAUCAUAUCGUAGAUACAACCAAAGUAAUACAGUUAAAAGAAACAUGCAAGGAAGUCAUUCUUGGAAAAACUGAACCAAUUAUUAAACUACUAUUACAAAAUUAUAUAAAUGAUUUUCAUUUCAAAUCAGAUUUUUUUGUAAAAUGUAGGCUAGAGAGACCGAAUGCUGGUUUACCAAACUGUUCCCUGUCCCAAACCGUUGAUCAAGAAGUUCAAGUUCUAGAGUUAGUUCGUAAUGACUCUAAGAUUGUGUUAAUGAAAGCUGAUUGUAGAAUUAACGAAAUUAAAAAAAUACCCGAUCCCAAUUCCCAUUCCAAAGGAAAGAAAAAACUAAUACCUGACAUGGUUUGCAGUAUUGUAUAAUGUGAAUUAAAAAUAUUUUUGAGUACUGAUGUAUUAUUAAAUGUUUUAGUAUAUUUUUUUUAUUUGUAGUAAAAUAUGAUUCA